CGUUUGAUCAUUAAUAUAAAAUAAAUACAGUGUCAUUACGUAACAGGUUUUUAUAAAACUUAACGAGCAUUAUAGUACUAAUAUAUUUUAUUUAAAUAAAUACGUAUUAGUGUUAUAAGACAUGGCUAAAAAAGUUAAACCUGAUCGAGAAACUGACGAUGUGGUAAAUAUAUUGCAAAGGUUCGGUAAAUAUCAAAUAGUUCAGUAUUUCUACAUUUGUCUUCCGACUGUAUUUAUCGCUAGCGGAAACGUAAACUACGUUUUUGUCGCUGGAGAUAUAGAUUAUCGUUGCCGAGUUGCUGAGUGUGAAGCAUUUGAUAAAUCUUUUUCACCAUCAUGGUGGCCAGAUUCCAAGGAACCAUUGCAUUCGAAAUCAAAUCGUUGCGGUAUGCCUGUAUUAAAUGUUACAUAUUUGCAAGAAAACCAAUGCGAUAACAACAGCUUUACAUCAGCAACCAGUGAAUGUAAAGAAUGGGUCUAUGGCAGUAACAAGACAAUUGUUGCUUGGCUAGACCUGGCAUGCAGUCCAUGGAAAACAAAUUUGGUCGGCACAGUACACAGCAUAGGAGCAGUUUUCGGAAUGAUGCUUGGAGGGUGGGCUGCAGACCGUUUUGGGCGCAAACCUACAUAUAUCGUGACAAGUGUGAUAAUCGUCAUUGGAAACUUAAAAACAUUUAUUUGGUCGUAUUAUGGAUAUUUAACCGUUGAAUUAGCAGAAUCCAUUAUAUCAGGCUCUGCGUUUGCAGCUGGUAUGGUUUUAAUUAUUGAGAUAAGCGGAAAUAAACAAAGAAUACUUUCAGGUGUAUUAUUCGCUUAUGCAAUUUAUUUAGGCGAAGCAUUCGUCGCUGGCAUAGCAAUAAUUGUACCUACUUGGCAAUGGAUUAUAUAUAUUAUUUGUACCCCUCCAAUAUUGUUCCUGUUUUACAUCAGACUGUUAGAAGAAAGUCCACGUUGGCUUGUCUUCCAUAAUAAAUUUGAUCAUGGGAGACGUUUAUUGAAAUUGAUAUCGAAAUCAAAUAAAAUCAAUUUAAAUCUUAAAGAUUUGGAUGAGCUGGACGAAGUGAAAUUGAGACAAAUCUGUAACGUUGAGAUAGAAUCAAAGCAAGAGGGAUACAAGGAAGCGUUACGUUCGAAGGAGAUAUUGAAGAGAUUGUUAAUUACUACAGUAGCAAGAUUUUCAGCGACUUUCAUAUAUUACGGUCUAGUCGCGAAUUCGGUUUGGUUGCCAGGAAAUAAGUAUAUGAAUUACGCUCUCACGGCGUUAAUGUCGUUUCCCGGUGAUAUAUUAGCUCUGUACUUUAUGAACAAAUGGGGAAGGAGGUGGCCAUUAUCUUAUGGAUACAUAAUAUGCGGAGUGGCAUGUGUUUCUUCCGCUUAUGUACCAGAAUCGUAUCUAUGGCUGAAAAUAAUUCUUUUCAUGAUUGGAAAACUGACGGUUGCUGCAUGUUUCACGGGAAUUUGGACUUUCACAAUGGAAUUAUUUCCUACAAGUAUUCGGGGUUCGAUGUUUGGGUUGAAUACACUAACGGCCAGCGCUGGUUGCAUGCUUGCUCCUUUAACACCAGCUAUGGAUACAAUUUCUCCAGUAUUUUCUUCAUUGUUUUUCGCUUGCUCCGCUGUCGCUUCCAGUGUCCUUAUAUUACUUGCUCCUGAAACCAAGGAUCAACCACUACCUGCUUCAAUACAGGAUAUCAAAAAUAGUGUUGUAGCAGUUAAUGAAAUUAAAAAUAAUGCAGGUGUAGAUAAUCUUGGUUACGUAGAAAGGAUAGUCAAUAAUGUUCGUUUAUAAAGAUAUAAAAUUUAAAAAGAAUAAAAAAAAAAAAAUUAUGAGUAUUUUUUUAAGCAAGUUUUGGCUGAAGAAUUCAUGCUUAAUAAAUAGCAUUUUCAUUUGAAAACGUGUAAAAUUUUAACUCCGUAGGAUUAAUAUGAGUGGUUCUAAUUCAGCCUGAAAGAUUUGAUCUAAAUAAAAUAACAAAUAUGGCAAUGUUUUUUAGUUGGAUGAUAUAAAUGUGGAAAAAAUUUUCAUUCGACACACACAAGUCCGUUUCACGAGGAUAUUCCCCUUCACUGAAAUCCACGAUAUAAAUUAUAAACAAAAAUUGAUCAUAUGAAAAAUUAGCGGUGCUGUCACUGGAGCAU